GCUCAGUGAGCUGCACGUCUCAGCUUCUGCAAACCAUGGCCGGCGCUCCUGUCCUAUGGCUGGUCGUGGCCUCCUGCCUUCUGACCCUGGCUUCUACAGAGCCGGAAGGUCACAGGAACCCCCGCGACGCCAGCUCCUAUGGGCUGGACUUGGAGUGUGGAGCCCCUGGGGCCCCGGAACCCCCACGCUGUUUUGAUCCGUGCCAGAAUUAUACCCGCCUGGACGACCCCACCCGGAGCUCAGAGAACACAGAAAAAGCCCAUCAGUGUGACAGGGACCUGCGUGGCUGGUUCCGCUUUGUGGGCGAAGGUGGCGUGAGGAUGUCGGACACCUGUGUGCCGGGGUUCCGCUGCCACACGGACGCCCCCAUGUGGCUGAAUGGGACCCACCCGGUCCUGGGGGAGGCCAGUGUCACCCGCACUGCUUGUGCUCACUGGUCAGGCAACUGCUGCUACUGGAAGACGGAGGUGCGGGUGAAGGCCUGCCCGGGAGGGUACCACGUGUACCAGCUGAAUGGCAGCCCCUCGUGUAACCUGCGAUACUGCACAGACCCCUCCACUGUGGAGGACAGGUGUGAGAAGACCUGCCGCCCAGAGGAGGAGUGCAGCUUUGUCGACGGGACCUGGAGAUGUAUCUGCAGACAGAACGUCAAUGGGUCUGACAUCCACAGUUUGCAGCCGCAGCUGGACUGUGGGGACAGGGAGAUCACGGUGUCACUGGACAGGUGUCAGCUGGCAGGCCUGGGCUUUGGGGACGAGGUCAUUGCUUACCUGAGGGACCGGAACUGCAGCAACUUCAUGCAGAGAGACGGGCAGAACCGGAUGUCCGUGAGCAGCCCCGCUCAGGCUCACGCCUGCGGGAAUGUUCUGGAGAGAAACAGAACCCAUGCCAUCUACAAAAACACCCUCUCCCUGGUCAACGAUUUCAUCAUCAGAGACACCAAACUCAGCAUCAACUUCCAGUGUGCCUACCCGCUGGACAUGAAAAUCAGUCUCCAAACUGCCCUGCAGCCCAUUGUAAGUUCCCUGAACAUCAGUCUGGGUGGGGAGGGCGAGUUUACCAUCCGGAUGGCCCUCUUCCAAGACCAGAACUACACGCGGCCUUACGAAGGGGACACAGCCGUGCUGUCCGUUGAGUCCAUGCUCUAUGUGGGUGCCAUCUUGGAGAGAGGGGACACCUCCCGGUUUAACCUGCUGCUGAGGAACUGCUAUGCCACCCCCACUAGAGACAAGACCGACCCUGUGAAAUACUUCAUCAUCAGAAACAGCUGCCCAAACAAACGUGAUUCCACUAUCUACGUGGAGGAGAAUGGGGUGUCCGCCGAAGGCCGGUUCUCAGUUCAGAUGUUUAUGUUUGCCGGAAACUACGACCUAGUUUUCCUGCACUGUGAGGUUCACCUCUGUGAUUUGGUUAAUGAGCAGUGCCAGCCGUCUUGCUCAAGAAGCGAAGUCCGCAGUGAAGCCGCGGAGAUCGACCCAGCCCUGGUUCUGGAUUUGGGACCCAUCACUCGGAGAGGUGCCCCGUCUGCUGGUAUCGUGAACGGAACCCCCAGUACUGCAGGGUUCCUGGUGGCCUGGCCUAUGCUUCUCCUGCCUGUUCUCCUGGCUGAGCUGUUCUGAGCUCAGCUGGACAUCUGGCCUUGCAGCUCGUGUCCUUUCUCUGGCGAUGGCUUCCAGUCACCCUUCAGCUGUGUUGGAGCUCCCUCCCACUCAGCCUUGGUAUAAACAGACUCCAGGCUGAGCUAGGUUUGGGGGAAGGAAAGAGCUUUCCCUUUACACUCUCCGUGCUGUUGUUUGCCUCUUUGUCUCAUGGUGGGGGCCCCGUCGGCCUGGCCUGGGCUGACUUUCUCAUUCCUUAGCAGCUUCGUGAAAGCAAACUUGGUAGGUGCCUCUGUAACUCCAGGGAAGAAGGACCAUGUCACUGGGGGAAAGGAGUGGGAUGAGGUCGUCAGAGAGGCCCUCUCACAGCUCCUUCCCAAGCACCCCUGUCUGACUGCUGAUGAAUUGAACAGAUUGACUCUUGCUUUCAUCCGGCUUCCUCUGGCGUAUUUCCAUCAUGGUCUCAAUAAUCGCCAUGGGUACACGUUGUAAAGGGGCCACUUUCGGAGACCCGGCUCCAGGAAACACUGGUCCCCAUUGCUCCCCCAUCCCCCACCACACCACAGACAUGCUCUGAUGUGCCCAGAACCAUACAAACUCCUACCCUGGGACCUGGAUGCGGGAGAAACUCUCGAUUUGGGUACAAAGACAUUGUCCCCCCAGAGCACACCUCUAGCUGUAAAUAAUGGUGUGCUUGCGCCGAAGGGCCCAACAGGGAAUCCCAGCAGAAAUGCCGCAUCGUUUCCGCAGGGGAUGCAGCAACAGAGCCUGGGAGAUGGGUGAAGGUCCUUUCUGGAAACUGCUAAGGAGCCCUCGCAAAGCACUCUGCAAAGAUGCCAAAUACGGAGCAUAUUCCCUUUCCCACAGCUAUACCUGGCCCCCCCCCACGUUAGCCUCAGGAAAAUGACCUGAUCAGGGUCAGGCCACUGGGGGGGGGUAGAGGGGACAGAGCCUGUUUAUCUGCUGGAGGGCGCUUUCUAACUUGCCAACCUGCUGCCUUGUUCAGAGAGGGUGUGGUUGCAAGAAACAGAAACCCACUCCAAUUAGGCAAAAACUGGAUUCCAAAUCACACAGGGGCACCAAGUCCCAGGACAGAAGACAGCCUGGAUGCACAAAACAAACCACCGGAGACCACGGUGUAUCUGUCACUCUUCCUGAAACCACACAGCCUUCACGUGUGCUUGUCUCUCUGAAACUCGCUUUUCCUGUUUAUUCAUCACCCCUUGAUUGAAUAUGGGCAUGGCAGCUGCACAUUCACUUCCUAAUUGGGGGACCACAGAGACCAACUGGCAUCCAAACUGCCCCUGGGGGAGUCGGAUUUCCCUGCUUGGGCCCAAGUGUUUCUCCUGGUCCAGGUGUCUGAGGCCAGGUGGGUGGGCUCAUCUCGAGGGGUCUGACCUGAGGGUACACAUUCCCAAAGGCCCCUGCGAGGGUGGCUUCUGUAAAAAAGAGGCCCCUGGGAAGAACUACUUCCAGUUUCCCAGUAGGUUAGAGGAUUCACACCUACCACAUUCCAAGGGAGGCAGUGAGCUGGGAAGGGGGCUGGACGAGAUGGCAGCAGGUCCGAACCUUCUUCCUUCCUGGGAAAGGCUCAGGGGUGGGCUAGAACCGGAUUGCCAGUUACAGGGAAUCCUUUCUUCAGAUACACUUCUACAUGAACACCCCAUA